AUGGAGCGCCAGGCCCCUCGCAACAGGGGAGCAGCAGUGCCCGACCUGAUCGGCCGCAACAAAACAAUCAACAGCCUGGAUGGGGCCAUCAUCCAGGCACGUGAUGAGCAGCAGCAGCAGCAGCAGCAGCAGCAGCAGCAGCAGCAGCAGCAGCAGCAGCAGCAGCAGCAGCAGCAGCAGCAGCAGCAACUGCUGGUGCAGGAACAGCGGGGACAACAGCAGCAGCCGCAGCUGCAGCCAGGGCCACCGAGCGUUGACUUCCUGUCGCCCAGCUUUGACGCGCUGCUGGCGCUGUCAACCGAGGGCCUCGUCCCGCCCGUGCCGGAUGCUCCCACGCUGGAGUAUGUAGCCAAAUUCAGGGGCCUCAUUCCAGAAGAAGGGCAAGAGGACGCGGCGGCGGCACCGAGCUCAGCAGCGGUGGGGCCGGCGCCUGCGCCGGCUGCGGCGGCAGCAGAGGCGGACGCCGACGCUGCGCGCGCCAAGGCAGCGCGGGUAGCCAAGGCGGCGGCCCUCAAGCAACGUGCGCAGCACGCCGUGUCGCGCGCCGAGGCGGGCGUCGGCGUCGCGCCGCUGCCCGACGUAAUGUCCCUCGCCGCCGCCGCCGGCGGCCCGCUGGCCGCGCUGGCCGGCUGGCGGGACGCGCGGCGGCGCGUGCUGGUCGUCACGCGCCAUGCGGCGGGCGUGCGCGGGCAGGCGGUGGGGACCGUGGUGGCGUAUGACCGCUACAUGAACCUUGUUCUGCGGGACGUGGAGGAGCACUACACUGUGAUGAUCAAGGUGGCGCGGGAAAGGCAGCAGCGUGGCGAGGGGCAGCAGCAGCAGCAGCAGCAGCAGCAGCAGCAGCAGCAGCAGCAGCAGCAGCAGCAGCAGCAGCAGCAGCAGGAUCAGGAGCCCCAGGAUCCCGCGCCGCGCGAGCGCGUGAGGUGGUGCCGCAAGCAGGACCGGCGAUUCAGGCGGCUAGACCUGGUGAUGGUGAGGGGCGACCAGGUCGUGCUGGUCGCGGCCGGCGAGGGUGCAAGGACCGCUGCGCCGGGCGCCUGCGGCGGCGGGAAGCCCGGGUCCGCGGCGGCGGCCGAGGCCGCGGCCGGGGGCGGGGCCGGCGGCAGCGGGGGCGGCGCGGGCUGA